UAAAAGUAUGACCGGCGUUCGGCGGUCAGGGCACUUGGGAAACUCCAGUUACAACAUAUUUGUUUACAUUGUGGCAACAUGAUCGUAAAAUUAAUGAAAUAAAGGAUUUCAUGAAUUUGGUACAUUGGACUGAUUGGGACUUUUUGGCUUUCAAGGAAAAGGUAACAGAGUCGUGCUAUUACAUGCCAUUGACGUAACAGUAUCAAGCUACAAUGGCUAGAGUGCUGUUUAUAGUGUGUGUUCCAGCUAGCGAAGAAGAAAAAAUAGAGAAGCCGGGAAUAUUUGCAAAAGAUGUUGGAGGAGGAGAUGAGGAUAAAGCUGUUCUGAAAGCAGUCGAAAAUGACAUGAAACCGGUCGGGAAUAAUGCUGAUGAAUCAAAAACCAAGAAAGAAAAAGGAGAUUCCAAUAAAGAAACUACAGCAGUGGCGGUAGACAAAGAAAGUGAUGGUGUUACUCUUACCAAAAAGCAUGAAGAUGCACCAGAAGAGAACAAAGAUGCUGACAGUGCAAACGAGUCUUCCAGUGGAGUUGAUGAACAGGGUUUUCAUUUUGGGAAUGCACCAAAGAAAAAUGCAGGUAUUGAAAGUAAAGAGGAAAGCAAUCCAGUUUCUACUGAACACACUUCUGAGGAAGGACUGAAAGGUACUGAGAAGGGCGAUACUUCUGAUAGUGCAGAUGUUGAUGAAGAUACUACUACAGGAGAUGGAGAGAAACAACCUGUCUAUGAGAGAUUCAUAUCUGAACACUGGACCCUUCUUGAGAAAGUAAAGACUGCUUUGGAAGUGUUGAGAGUCACUUCUGUGCAAUGGCAUCUUGCAGAGGAUAACACUUAUGUGGCAAUGUUUAUCACGGGAGACGGAGAGCGCUGUGAGGAAGUGCUGGACAAACUGGCCAAGCUGGACGUUGGUGUCAUUCCCAGGAGUUCCGUUAGUGUAUUUCCAGCAUCAAUAAGUGCUGCUGAGGAGGAGGAAGUGGAUACUAUACAGAAGAUGAUAGAACGGGAGGACAAAUUGGCAGAGAAAGUCACAGAGUUCAAGAAGUCAAUCAAGUCUCGUCUUGUAGUUGCACAGGUUGUGGACUCAGUAAAAGGAGAUGCCUUGUUCACCUUUGACUACCUCAUGCUGUUGGUACUAGCCAGUCUGGUUUCUGUGAUGGGUCUCCUGGAGUCCAGCUCUGUGGUGUUAGUAGCCAGUAUGCUUAUUUCCCCUCUCAUGGGACCUAUCCUGGCUGGUGUGUUUGGUACUGUGAUCAGCAAUGAACAGCUGCGGAAUCUUGGAUGCAAGUCGGAGAUCAAGGGUCUUGUGUUGUGUAUACUUGUAGGAUUUCUCACUGGCUUCAUCCCGGCAGUCCUGGAGUUGGGCGGCUUGAGCUGGAGGUCAAGUGACAGUUGGCCCACUUUCGAGAUGUCUUCCAGAGGCAGUCUGAGGUCUUUACCGGUUGGCGUACUUAUCGCAAUCCCGUCCGGUGCUGGGGUGGCACUUUCCAUUCUGGGAGGUAAAGUUGGCUCCCUGGUGGGUGUGGCCAUCUCUGCUUCUCUGCUGCCACCUGCUGUCAAUGCUGGUUUGCUGUGGGCCAAUGCCAUUGUUGUGUCUAUCUCACCACCACUUACAGUGCACAGGGGGCAAAUGAGAUUGGUGCCAACAAACUCAACGGCCAAUGCAACAUCAGCCACGCUUGUGCCUGUUGGGGGCUCUGGGUGCAGAGAGCUCGUGAACAAUGACUAUAUAAAUCAGUACAGCUGUGACAUGGGAGUGGAGAACCUGAUCCUGGGUGUGGUCAGUCUGUUGCUCACCGUACUCAACAUCCUCUGUAUCAUCAUCAUGGGCAUCCUUGUCCUCAAGAUCAAGGAAGUGACCGCCCCUUCCACUCAGACAUCUCAGGGUCCAGAGAAAGAUUUCUUUGGCAAAGACCUAAAGGUAGCACGCCAAUCAUAUCAGACUGCUAAGGGUCAGACCUCGGUCAUAAUGGGCAAGAAAAUCCUUGAGGAAUAUCAGAAAAUCAAGUUGCAGGUUGGCUGCGAGCAUGAGGAGUCUGAGGACAAAGCUGAGCUCUUCAAGAUCAUGGAGGACAUGGAAGAAAGUCCUGUAGUUCAAGCUUUACGUGAACAGUUGCCAGGCAAAUGGAACAGAUGGGACAGACUAUCACGUCCAUCCUCCUUUUUUCAUGAUCCCGAAGAUGAUAAUGAUCAUCAUGAUCGACCGUACCACACCAUCAACCUGGGCCGAUCUGGCGCAAGCCCUACUCACAACGACGUGGAGCUUCAAGAGAAGCCAAGAGGGUCAAGGAGUGCAGAACCUCGUGUGAACAACGUGGAAGAGACAAACUACUUCACCAUCCAUAGAUACAUCCCCGCCUCAGAUCUGUUGCGUAGCAGAACAUCACAAGAGUCAGGCCGCUUCACACAGAAACUAAUUAUUCCAAAAGCCAGUCGUUUUCAGGUGGCCAAGGUCAAAGUCAGAGAUUCUAUGAGCAAACUGGAUGCAAUUGAGGAGACUGUACCAUUGUUGGAAACUAAAUCUGGGACUAGCGUUCAAGCGUAGAUUUAGAACUUAGAUUGUUUUCAAUGAUCUGAAGCAUCAAGUAAACCACUCGACUCAAAAGAGAUCAGUUGUACGGGAGAAAGUGUGUUGUCAUAGUAAUUAUCACAGUCUGUGAAGAUACCAUGAAACUGGAAUUGUUCCAGGAUUUUUUGUUGGUUCUUAUAAUAUACAUUCUCAGUGAUAUGAAAAAUGACAUUAUAUAUCUUCUAUCACGUACUGGUACCAGCUUUGUUAGUUACUGGUAAUGUAGAAAUCUCAUAUAGGGUCUGUAUGGUUUUACUGAUUUUAUGCUUGAAACCGUUGUUAGCUUUUAAACUUCAAGCUAUAAACAUAAUGAUAAGAAUUAUUUCAGCAGAUCUCUGGAUUUCCUACUUGCCCAUGUGUUUUUAUUAUUAGUUUUGUCCAUUGUUACAUUUCCUUCUCACAUUGAUUUGCUAACAUAUCCUGUUCUUUUCCUUUUCUUGCUCUUCUGUUUUAUCUCCCUCUGCUUUCCAUCACCACUAGGAUGGUCUUUGUAGUAUAGCUGUGAGUCACGUCUUCAACCUGUCAUGAAUAGCCCUUAUCCCAAAACCGCUUUGUCUCUCUUUCUUUCUUUCUGUUGAUGUGAAUUUUUAAUAUUUUUUUAAGGAGCCUAUAAUAUAUGCACACAAAUAUUUAAAAUGCCACCCAUUGUAAGGGAGAAAAGAAGCCAUAUUAGACAGGUGGCGGUCUUCCACUGUACUGUUAUAAUUAUAAUGUAAAAAAUAUGCGCAUGCAAGGGAGGAAAUGGAAAGUGGCCGUUUGUACAAGUGUCCAGUAGAGCAGGUACAACUGUAUAUAUGUUUUUUAAGUUACUCACAGACCUACCACUUAUCCUAAAAUUACUGUUACCAUUCCUGCCUUUUUUGGGCUCUGUUACUGGUACCCAAAAAAAUUUUCUUACUCUUCAAGAUUUUGAAAAUUCAUUCAAUUUUUCUAAACUUUAUUAUAUAACCUUAUGCCUUAUCUAGAGUAUUUCUGAAAAGCCAAAAUGUAUAAUUGUGUUUUAAAAAACACUUACGUGCUUUACAGGUUAAUUUUCCAGUGUACCAGUUCGUAAAUCGUAGAGGCAGUGACAAAUUUGACAGAAUUGUUUCCAUUUGGCAGCAGCUCGUAGAACAAUGCUCACUGUCAUUUUCCUUGCCCCUGCUUAAUGGCAAAUCUCAUCCAAUCUAAAUUAUCCUCAUUUAUGAUACAAAUCGAAAUUAAGAAUGAGUAAGUAUGUGCAAAGGCAGAAGAGACAUUAGUAUGAUUUUUUUAAUGUCUUUUGCUUCUGCAGUCCUGAUUUUAUGAACUAGUAUUCACUUAGUGGCGUAUGAAACCAAGCCUUCAUUUUCUUCUAUAUUACAGUGGCGUCCAAAAGAAACUUGAAAAUAUAAUCACCCAAUCUCCAUGUUGAAGCCUCGAAUUACCCACUCAUGUGGCAUAUCAAUUUAAAGUUUAAUACAUUCUGUCAUCAUUUGACACCUUAAUAAAUUGACAUGCUCUUCUCAAAGGCCUGACUAGGCAAACACCGUGUCGGCCAGCUUGGGUGCAAAAAGAGGGAGGAAAGGGAGUAGGGGCGUUCUUCACAACGAAGUAUUUCAAAGUAUAGCCCCAAUAUGAAUCCCACAGGUAUGUGAAGUCCCAUGAAACAGCAGCUGAAGAAAAGCGACUUUGCUCCCAAAACAGACCCUUUGUUUGCAAUUCUCUUUGACAUUUGGGAUGAAAAGACACAUAAUUAUGUCCAAAGGAGUCCAUGCCCCAAGGGUUCAUGCACUGAACAAAACCAAUAGUUCCUAAGCAAAAUAACAAUGAGCACAUUUAAUGCUGCUGAGCGGGUAGUAGGCCUACAAGACUAUAAUACGAUAUUGGGUAAUUACAUUUUCAAGUUUCUUUUGGACGCCACUAUAUACGUAUAAUAUAUUCACUAAAUAACAUAUGAAGCAAUGCAAACUACUCUCAAUGGAUUAAUUAAUUGUUGCUAUGAUUUAUAAUUAUGAUAAGACUCUUGCUUUGUUUAGAGUUUUUCACUCUGUUCUUAACCCAUUUUACUUACAUUGUCUAAUUGAAGCUGUUUUUGCUUUAAGAAAAAUGUGAUUAUUGUAACUUUCAAUGUGUUUAAAUUAUUAGUUCUACUCAGACAUCUUAGUUUUUGCUCAAAGACUAUGCAGACUUUUUGCCCAGCUGUUGUUCUGUAUAUUAUGAAUAGUUUUAAGUAUAGAAAAGGGAAAAGUCACCAUUACUUCUAUAAUCUUGCUCUCACCAGUAUAAAUCUACACUUACUUCCAAAGAUUGCCUUAAUAAGGGCAUGUAGGCUACAAGUAACAUUAUUGAAUAAUGAUAAAAAAAUGGCUCAUUAACUCCUUUACUGCUGGGUAGAUGUAUGAUCUCAUAUGGACCGAUAAUCCGCCGCCCAGUGCUGAGUAAACGUAUCUCAUACUGCGCCUCAAACCGGUGUAUUGUUUCAUUGAUAUUUCAGCUUCUACUAAGUAUUGAAUAAAGAGAGUGGCAUCCCAUGAAAGCUUAUUGUUUUAGCUAUGAGGUCAUACCUAUAUAUAUAUGUGACAGGAAGGGCGGGAUCUACAAGACAAAAACAAAACGAGAUGUGUUGUUUUUGUAACACACAUCGUACGAGGCGGUCAGACCCGACCUGUCGACUCGAAACGCUUGUCUCAGUUCUUUACACUUGUUUACAUCAUUAUUACUUGUUCUGCCUGAGUUUUGGCUAUGGAUAAAACCAUUUCUUCAUUUGUCUUUCUACUUAUACGUAGUUUGAUGAUAAGUGCAAACUUUGUUACCAUUAUAAUAAAGGGAUAUGUGUAGUCUUUCUCACACACAUCAUGACACAGCCACACAUAGAAUCGGAGCACUUGUUCAGUCUUAGUUCUUUCAAGUUGUUUACAUGGUUAUGGCUUGUUCUAUGCAGGUUUUCUGAAUGGAUGAAUUUGUCAUCAUUUAUCUUUCCAUUUCCACUGGUAGCCUAUAAGUUUUACCAAUCUGUCUCUUAUAAUAAGCGAACAAUCGUCGAUUAAAGACCGUGACCUGUGACAUCUUGCGCACGAUAGAAUUUUCCUUAGCAUGUAGGGUGCGUAAAUGGUUAGCAGUCAAGGGGUUAAUUAUGUGAAAAUAUACUAACUUUUUGUUCAAAAAACAGCUCAAGAAACACCCUUAUUAAGUAUUCUACUUAAUCUAGCAUUGACAUGCUCUUCUCAAAGGCCCGACUGGGCAAACAUUGCGUCAACCAGCUUGGGUGCAAAAAAGGGGAGGAAAGGGAGAAUGGGGCGUGCUUCACUACAAAAUGUUUCACUUGACCAGGAAAGCACAGAUUCACUAUAUGUGCACCUGUAUGAGAACAAAGUUAAACCUGUCUAUUGAUACUACAUGAGAGUUGUUCUUUUACUUUUAGAAAAAACAUUUUAAAAUUUUGGUGCUUCCGUUUUUUCAUGUGGUUGUUGCCCUACCUUCUUUCGUUACCUUAUUAUUUCUCUUACUAUCAAAAUAGAGAGUGUGACCUCUCCUCUUUUAUGGUUAGAAAAAUACAAUCAUUUCUGUUUCUCCUUGCCAAGGAGUUUGUGUUUGAAUAACCCCACCCCCCAAAAAAUCUUUGUGCUAAUUUGGGCUAUGAAUGACAAUCCACCGAUUGAUCUAUGGACCUUGUUGAUUUCCCAAAGGAUUAUUAAUUGAUUGCCCUCAUUGUAAAAAAACUACCAUAUUUCAAAAGAGCAAAAGAGGAAAGAACCCUGAACAAAAUAUAAUUUUUGUAUUUUUAAAAAGUUAUUUUUCUCUACACUAUUUGGGAGGAAAAUUGGAAAAUGGCGAGAAUUUGAGACCCUGCUGGUGUGCAUUUGUCCAAUUCAAAAACUCGAAUGGUUGGUGUACUUAUUUAUGUUGAAUCUUGUUGUUUUAAGUCUUGCCAACCACCUCUGAAAUUAACCUUCUGACUUGAAAAGAUGAGUGGAAGGGGUACAAUAGAAGGAUAUGGAUCUUGCCAAAUAAAAAUGGGCAUUCAUUAACACUUUGCAGUCACUUGGCGCAAAAAUGCGACAGUAAAAAUUGUCUGUUCCUGUCACCUGGUGCACUUCUGCGACUGUGCCAGGCCAGAGAAGUUCAUUGCAGUCACUCUGGGUGACUAGAUGGGGUAUUUUGUACUGCUGUCUGUGUGACUGCAAAGUGUUAAGAUAUAAAUUCUGAUUGGUUAGAAAAAAGAAAAAAAAGUCUGAUUGCACUCCCGAAACUACCUCUUGCUUUUUAAUUAAUAUUAUUCUAUAUCUAUGAAUGACGAGAAAUACUUUUACUCAAAGAAUGAUGCCUGGCUGGUAUGAUGACAACCCAGGGUAUAUACUCAAGUCUUUUAUGUAGGACAUGACAUUCAUUUUUUAUUGUUGUUUGUAUCAGUGACCUUCGCUUCUUUAAAAUGGUGUUCUGAUUUUCUUUUUUUUCCCCAAGGACAAAUGUAAAUCUAAGCUACUGGUAGUUUUUUAAUAAUUUUGUUGAUAAUCUGCAUUUGUACUUUGAAAUUGUUCCUUUUUUCUAUUUUACUUACAAUUAAGUGUUAUAUCUAUAUUUACAGUACAGAAGUAGCUUUACAUGAAGUAUUUAUCAAAGUAAAAUGUGUACAUUCUGUGACUGCAUUUGUUAUUAUUAAUUUUGCUCAGGAUAAAAUUUGCUUGUUUAGCAUAGAUUAUACUGGUUUUCUACUGGAUAAAAUUUGAAGGGUAUACAUAUUGUGAAAUUAAUAACCUUUUCCUCUUGUAGAUGUUGUGACAGCAUCUGUUUAGUGGUUAGCUGCUUCACCAUCACACACCGAAGACCCAAGUUUGAUUCCCAUGUGAGGAGAAUUUUUAUCUCAGUCUUUCUGCUUGGACGUUGUAUCCCUCUCAACCCGAGUUGGCCUUGUCAGGCAGAAUCGAAGCUCACCUUCUAAAUGGUCUAAUGAGGCAUAAAAGACACUAACAUUUAGAAGCUUAGAAGAAAAAUAAAGAUGCUGUGAUGGGUGUAUGGACCUAAAUGGCGUUGAGCCAAAAAAACAAAAAUUGGAUUAAAAUUGCCAAACUGGAGGAAAAGUGCCUAUUUCACCACAAUGCCUCACAUGAUUUCAGUUCAGAAAAAUUAUUCUUGAUGUCUAAAGACUAUUAAGAGCAGCCAUUUAAACUGCAUAGCUUUCUCUUCUUGAAAAUGAGUUGCUUUAACCACCAGGUAUUGGCAGUUUUCAUGAGAACAGUAUUGCAAAAUUGAAAUAAAGAAAAGGAAAGCCAUCCUAUAGUCCUAUAGUCAGACACAGUGCUUUUUUUUUAGUGCUUGUUCUUAUUGGAAGUGAAAAGUAAAUUCUCGAAGGUGUUGACAUUCUUGCAAGGGCUGUUAUUAUUAUUAUUUGUAUUUUUGUGGAGAAUGACUGUGCGACUGAAGAUUUUUUAACUCAAAUAUUGCAAUUUUAUCUUCAAAUGUCACAAAUGUGCCCACGUGCUAGUUUUGAAAAAUCAUAAUUCUUGCAAUAUAUGUUUUGAUUGUUCUGAAAGUAAAUAAACCACCUCUUUUCUAAACCA